UGUGGGGUUUUAUUUACCCAGAAAAAAUUCAUAUAAAUUAGAAACCAAGAAAUGAACAACUAGGCCUAUAAAAGAAGUCAACAUAUCAUAACUAUACACAACAUAAUAACUACACAAGGUGUUAACUGAACAAACUGACUUGUCAAAAUGACACAAGGGGGCAUACAUAGUGGCUAUCCAGCUAAAUACAAAGCAAAACUAACUCCCCUCCAUGACAUGGCAGCACAUGGUUUGGUCGAAUGAGUUGCUCCAGGAUUUAAGAGUCCUCAGCCCUCAGCCACACCUUUUGCUCCACCAGGAAGGAUGAAGGGACCUCCCCAAACAACCACGGUAACUCAUAGACAAAGAAACAGACAAUUAAUAUCAAACAAUUUGCCUGUGUAACCCUACAGUGCUAGACUGUGUACUCUUAAAUUAAACAAUAUAAGGUUAAAAGCAAAUAAACAGAUUCUAAAUCAAACCAACCAUGUGAUGUGAAUUGCUCAGGUAUGGCUGACCAUAAAUGAAAGAAACCUGCGUAGAUGACAAACUAAUGAGUUUAAAGAUAGUGUAAACAUAUUUGCUUUAAUUUAUUUGCUAAAGUGUAUUAUUGGCAAAGCAUUUUGUACAGGGUUUAGAGUGUGAGACUAAUAAUUCAAACCGUAAAUGCAACAAAUGGUCUGCACCAGUUGUGACAUACACACUAGCUCAUACAACAUACAUUAUACAAUGUCAUAAAACUACAUUAGUGGUAGAUCCGCCUCCACUUAGAGGUGAGACUCCUGCUGAUGCAGAGAGGAGUCAAGCAUUAUUAAUGACGGGCGUUAACUUAUUGCCAGUAUAUGGAGAAAAAAAAACACUAGUUGUUGUUGAGUGGACCACUCAAGUUGGACAAAUAGCAGCAUUUCAGAAACAGUCAUUUUAGUUUUUUGAGUAGGAUUGUGAACAUUAUGUUGCAAGGCAAAAACGGGAAUCAUUCUUUAAUCGGCCCCAGUAAUGGAACCAAUAGGAACCACUCUGUACACUUCAGUUCAUUGUUUAUUGAUGAAUCCACACUGAGACAGAUAGAUAUACUGUGUAUAGCUAGGUUUUUAUUUUUGGAUGUACAGUACUGUGCAAAUGUUAAGAAUCACCUGCCACAAAAUCUUGAUUGGUAGUCAGAUGGCUGAGAGGACUGCUUUUGGAUUCCGCAAAAUCCUCUUUGCAAGUAUAUGGUUAUUUGGGUUUUUGCAAAGAAAAAAAAGUUAAACCAGACUGACAAACAAUUGAUAGGACAGAAACAGAAAAAGAUACGACUGAGCAACAGUUCACUAAGAAUAGAUGAAAUCCCUGGCCCUUGGUAAAAGAAACUGAAAGCUUAGCCGCAAAAUGUUUGCAGAUUAAAACAUGAACAGGUUUCUGUUUUAGGGUCACGUGCACAAUAAUGCCUAUUGGUAUAAAAUCAUAUCCAUGUAAUUUUCUGUCACAGAGAGCCACUGGAGAGGAGUUAAAGGGCCGCAUGCAGCUCUGGAGCAGGUUGCCCUGGUCUGAGGUUAUCACUAGUGAUGGGCAGAUGAAGCUUCAUGAAGCAUUGAAGCUUUUCAUCAAAUUGAUUCACUCAAGGGCAAAGCUUCUUGAUGCUUCAUUUGCUCUACUAAGCCAUCUACUGGACAAAAAAGCUAUUACACUUAGUGGUUUGUAUAUAUAGAUCUGAACCACUUCCCGAACCAGUCAUAUGGUACAGCCGGCCAGCGAGCGGCUGUCACCAAUGACGUCACUCGUCUGAAACGACACAAACCUCGAUACGCGCAUCGCGGAAACACUUCCUGGAUUACUCGACACACGCUUCAAAGCCUCGGCACUGCAAGUCACAUCACUAGUUAUCACUAUGAUUGACUCUUCGCUAAGUCCCACCCCUGGAUGCAGACUGGCCAAUCAUAACAUAGCAUCAGGCCAGCUCAGACCAGGGUCUGACAACAACACAGCUGUGCUCCAUUGACUCUAAUGCAAUCGUUUCAGAUUUCCUUAAUUUUCAGGCUGGUUUUGUGGAUGUGGAGCUAAAUGUUGUGCCUGGGGCACGUCGUGUAUUAAUGAUACUCGUUACCUGCAGAGGUUGGAAAAAGAUAUACGUUUCUUCCCUGUUCCAAAACCAAAAUCAAACCCUGAAAAGUGUAGGGUUAGCUAGCUAGCUACUGAAGAUAUAGCCUACUGAAUGUAUACACAUGCUGCUUUUGAUUUUUAAUGAUCAUAACAGUGAAACAAAGACCGACCCUGCUGUACAGGAACCAGUGAAGGGAAGCAGGAAACUUUGCUGAUAUUCAACCAGCUGUGUGUCAUCACAUUGUGCACAGAUGAAUGUUGUUAGACUUCCCGUGUAGAUCUCUGCCCGUUUGGUGGCGUAGGUCCAGGUGCUGGCGGCAGCACAGGGUUGUAACCAAACACUGUUCAUCUGCACACACUGCGAUGCCACACAGCUGGUUCAAUAUCAGCAAAGUUUCCCUUUAUACUCAUUGUCUUGUGUGGCGAUCAGCAGUGAUGUGGUGGUUCACUUUUACACUGUGAUCUGUAGCCUAUAGUUCGGCUUUAGCUUCUAACUAUCUUUGUCUUUUUAACCUGUUGUUGCUGCUGAGUCAGUUUGACAUCCUGGAUAUAUUCUUCAAACACAGACUGUAGACCCCUCUGUCUGCUUCUCUCUGGAAUCACUGUUUCAUUGUUCCAAAAAUAUGAUUUCUUCAGGGAGUGCAGUUAGUUACAGCGGGGCUCCAUGCUUAUGUGGGAUUUAUAUUUCUGCAUCAAACAGACGCCGUACCUAUGGCAUAGGCUCUACGUCAUCGCAGAGCCUACGCCGUACCCUAGCCUGACAUGCACCUCCACAGAAACAUAAUUACGUGUCCCAGCAACGCAGACCUCCUGUCUGUUUCUGUAUACUGACACCAUUUCCCUCAGUGGAAACAAAGCUUUUAUUUCCUUUUAUUUCACAGAUAAGAAACAAUAAAUUGUGAAGACAAUAAAGCCUCCACAAAACUAGCAUUUUGUGUCUUGUGUGUGAUUUAUCCUCGCUUCAUAUGAGUAGAGGAAAUCUCCACAUGUGGCUACGCUAAUUUAUACAAUGUGACAUGCCAUAGCCUUGUGCUGAUAACAUUAGCAUGUUAUAUUUGUUUGGAAAACGUGUUUAGUAUAAGACAGUUGUUUUGUCAGUGAACCUUGCGAGCUGUAAUGGAGCCAAAUUUUGUAAUGUUACCUUUGUUAAAUGUUGCUGUUGUCCCUGGCUUCAUAUGAGUAGAGGAAAAGUCUACUAGCUGCUAGGCUAAUUUAUACAAUGUAAAUUGCCAUAGUUAUGUGCUAAAAACAUUAGCAUGUUGUAUUGGUGGGGAAAAUGUGUCCAGAUAAAGACAAGUGUUUUGUCUGUGAAUGCUGCGAGUUAUAGUGAAGUUGAUUUGUGUACUUGUGUUUGGAAUUGUCUCUAUUAAGUCAUGUUUAAUGUGUGUUUUGAAUCAACUAAACUUUACAACACUUCACACCAACCUCCGCCGCCAACUAGUGUUUUGGAGGUGUAACUGCAGAGUGACAGACAAACCAGCACAAGUAUAAAUGCUCACAACAGUGUAGGCCACCUGCGUAGGCUAAGGCAUAUAGUCUCUGCUGCACAAGUAUUAAUCCCCAUUUACUCUGACAGCUUGUGGGACCAUCACAAAGGGGCAGGGCUUAGCAAAAGGUCAAUUGGAAUUGGAUGAGGCAUAGGUGUAGAUGCAAGGGACAUUUCCCCCUCAGGGUUUAGAACAUGUGCGAGACCUCACCCCCACCCUAAAUCAAACCAUGAAGUAGCAGAAGACUUUUACACAACAAAUUUACACCAUAAAUUGAUGCAGAAAAAGCACAAAUUAGUGCAGAACAGUUCACCAGAAUGCAGGAAAUUAUGUGUCUGAUGCUCAAAUUUUUCUGGCAGAGGACCCACAAACCCCUUUUUUCAUGUGUGUGUGUCCCAGAUGUUGAAAGAAAACCUAAGCCCUUGCAGUCAGGCAGUAUAGUUUAUAUGUGGCAAUGGUGUUCUGGGUAUUAUAAAAACUAUUUAAGGAAAGAAGAAAUUAUCAAUACAACAGGUGAUAACAAACUUUUGAACAGUACUGUGCACCUUUGUGAAACAUAAUGCGAAUUAUGAAUUGCAAAACUUAAACUACAUCAGGCAUUACUAUUAAUUAAAGUGAAACAAACCAGACAAAACAAAACAAAUCAUUGCACGAUACAGGGAGAUUCCCCAAAGAAUAUUGCAAUUAGUCGUUUCUCCUUUAACAUGUGCAGAAAGCUUGUAAGAACUGUUGCAGGUAUGUUAUGGACAGAGAUGGAUCCUCUCCUGUGAUGAGGGUCUGUGCAGCACAGGCAGUCCAGCACACACUGUGCUGUGCGCUGGUGGUACUGCGGCGGCACUGGAGCCGGCUGAGCUGGAAACCAGUGAGCUCAUUCUGGCUGCAUGGGGAGGAGGGCGGGGCUCCCAGCAUCAUCACCACCGGCCAUCACUGCUUCAUUGUACGGGCUGCUGCUGCUGAUGCUGACAGCCAUAGCGGACGGGGCGAUUUUCUUUUCUCCAAUAAAUGCAGCGUGUCAUGGAAACGGUUUCACGCAGAUUAGGACUCCACACAUGAUGAGGAUCGAUUACGAGGUAAGCCCUUUUUUCUGAUAGGAGAAUGAGGAAGAGGAGGAACUGGAAACCUUGGGAGCGCCUCGGAAAGUUUCUGUGAAGUCUCAAUGAAAGCAUUAGAAGACCCUCUCUAGUAAUUGACUCAAUGGCCAAGAAAGGGCGUACGAAGAGCGAGAAGCCCGAAGCGCUCAUCUCUGCCCUGCAGGCAGCCAAUGAAGAUCUCAGGUCCAAGCUGACUGACAUUCAGAUAGAGCUACACCAAGAAAAAUGCAAGGUGAGCAAACUAGAGCGCGACAAGGUCCAGGAGGUGAAGCGGGUGCGAGAGCAGGAGCAGCACCGUCACACUGCCAUGUUGACAGAGCAGCGGGCCAAGUGGCACGAGGAAAAGCAAAAGGAGCUCCAGGCUCUCAGGGAAAACCUGACGCGGCAACAUGAGCAGGAGCUGGCCCGCCACGCCAAAAUCAAAGAGCAGGAGAACCAGAGGCUCAAAGCCGCACUGAAUGCCAUGCGUGACGGCAGCGGAGAGAAGGUGCGCACAGCGCUGACCCUGGAAGCCAAGGAAGACGCACGGCGCUUCUUUGACCAGGAGAGAGUGAAGCUCUUGCAGGAGAUCGCCGAGCUGAAGAGUCUCAAGAAGCAGACCGAUGAGGCUCUCAGCACCAUGAUCCAGUCUGACAAGAUGAAGGCUGGUGACCUGCGGGUGGAGCACCAGCAGCACCAGGAGCAGAUCUCCAAGAUCAAGUGGGACUGUGAGAGGGACAUCCGCAGACUGGUGGAUGAAAUCAAAUCUAAAGACCGCACCAUCUUUGCUCUGGAGAAGGAACUGGAAUCAACAGCAGGUUUUUUACAGAAGCUCCAGCUUCAGAAGGACGCCCUGGACGAACAGCUGUUCCUCGUCAAGGAGGCUGAGUGCGGCCUGGGGAGCCCGAAAAGAGAAAUCCCAGGCAGAGCUGGAGAUGGAGCUGAGCACUGUGGUAGCCCAGACAUGAGGAGAAACCAGAGGCGCAUUGCUGAACUCAACUCGACUAUACGCAAAUUAGAGGACCGCAACUCACUGCUGGUCGAUGAGAGGAAUGAACUGCUAAAGCGAGUUCGAGAGUCAGAGAAGCAGUGUAAGCCCCUGCUGGACAAGAACAAGCUGCUGAGUAAAAGGAAUGAUGAUUUGACUCAGACUAUCCAGAAGCUGGAGGAGAAACUCAAGAGCCUGGCCAAGGAGAACCAUGAGAUGAAGGAGAAGAUCAGCUCCCAUCCUCCACUGAAGAAGCUGAAGUCUCUGAAUGACCUGGACCAAGCACAUGAUGACCAGGAAAUAGCCUUUCUCAAGCUUCAAGUCCUGGAGCAACAAAGCAUGAUUGAUGAGCUGACAAGAGACCGAGAAAAACUACUAAGAAAGAAAAGACAUAAAAGAAGUUCAAGGCCAAUUAAGAGGCACAUCGUAGUAGACACCUUCUUUGGGUACGAUGAAGAAUCUAUGGACUCGGAGACGUCAUCAGUGGCGUCGUUCCGGAUGGACAGAACUCCUGCUACUCCUGAUGAAGACCUGGAGGAUGGUCUAGCCAACGAGGAGUCGGAGCUGCGUUUCCGUCAGCUGACCAGAGAGUAUCAGGCCUUACAGCGAGCCUAUGCCCUGCUGCAGGAACAGAAAGGGGGCAUUCUAGACGCUGAGAUGGAGGCCAAGGCUCAGGAGCAGCUCCAAGCAGACGUGCUCAGGUAUAAAGCCAAAAUAGAGGACUUGGAGAAGGAACUGACCCUGAAGGGGCAGGACUCCAAAUGGGUGGAGGAGAAGCAACUCUUCUUACGGAGGAAUCAGGAGCUAUUGGAGAAGGUGGACAAGAUGGAGUCAGAGUGCAAUCGAGCGCAGCAGGAGCUGCAAGACUCCAAAGACCAGAAUGAACUGCUGGAGUUCAGGAUACUGGAGCUCGAGGAGCGUGAGAGGAGGUCCCCACCAUUCAACCACCUGAGGAUGCAUCCGUUCUCUGAGGGAGUCAGUGCACUGCAGAUCUACUGUAUGAAAGAGGGGGUCAAGGACGUGUGCAUACCAGACCUCAUCAAACUUCUAGACAUCCUGGGAGACAACGGGAACUUAAGAAAUGAGGAGCAAGUGGCCAUUAUCCAGGCCAGUACUGUUUUGUCACUAGCAGAAAAGUGGAUUCAGCAGAUUGAGGGGACGGAGGCAGCGCUGCACCAGAAGAUGAUGGACCUGGAAAUAGAGAUGGAAAUGUUCUGUAAACAGAAAGGAUAUCUAGAAGAGGAGCUGGACUACAGAAAACAGGCCCUAGACCAGGCGUACAUGCAAAUCCAGGAGUUGGAAGCAACGUUAUACAACGCCCUGCAACAGGAUAAGGUAAUAAAGUAUGGUGAACCUCUGGAUGAGCUUCAGAGGGACGAGCUGCGGACGGCGGUGGAGAAGCUGAGGAGGCAGAUGCUGAGGAAGAGUCGAGAGUACGACUGCCAGAUCCUCCAGGAGAGAAUGGAGCUGCUGCACCAGGCACACCAGAGAAUUCGUGACCUUGAAGACAAGACGGAAAUCCAGAGGAGGCAGAUUAAAGACCUGGAGGAAAAGGUGGUGUGUCAGCUUGGAGAUCUUGUUUGUGACUGCAGUGUUAUUUAUUUUCUGGACAAGUGUGGAACAGUGUGCGUAGCAGUGGCUGCUAGUGUCAUAACAUCAGUGACUGCUGUCAGUGUAGGUGGAUGUAUCGUGUGUCGGCCCUGGACGUUCACACUUCAGAUUUUAUUCCUUUGGUCUUUUAAUGGGGGUGGGGUUCUCAGGAUACUUCCCAGGAUGACAUUAUUUUUAUUUUUUAAUUUCUUCGAGCGGUGUUGGACAUUAAACGUCUCUCCAAACAGCUGGGAGUACUGUAACAGGCUGCAAGAACGACACACAAUUAUAGAGACACUUACAGUAGAUGCAGACACACACAUAUACCUACAUACACGCAGAUUACGGACACGCAUGCAUAUACAGACGCAUGCAGAUGCAAACACGUGCAUAUACACACACAUGCUUUGACAAAUCCAAACCAAAGCCUGGGAAAUGUUCUCUCUGCCAUGCAGGGUAAUAAUAUGUCAUUCACCACCAUCCAGCCACAGUGGGGAUAUAAGCAGACAGAAAAACUCAUAAACAACGAGGCAAACGGACCACAACUUCUCUUCUUUUUCUCUUCUUUCCUUUCCAAACCCGAAAGGACGUUCUUCACGAAUGCAACCUCUUGGUGAUAUAGAAGCGAGCCAACUCAGGGCCCAUGAGUGUGGAGGCCAGUACUGGUCUCAGGUCAGAUUAUACUGAGGAACACUGUGGGACAUGGUGUGUCACUGGCCGGCCUGCCCUCGCUGUUCCCAGAAUGGUGCUUACACAGACUGCUUGGACUCUCCGGAGAUUAUACCUGGAAAAAGACAGAACUCCACUGCAGAGACUGGUGUGUGUACAGACACUGAAAGGGGGAUACAGGACGCUCAGGUUGACACGUCUUCACCGGACACAUGAAACAGACUUAAGUGAAGAGGGGGUAAAAAAGAGAAAGAAAAGAUCACAGGGGGGAAACGACACUCUCCGAUCCAGCACCCUGGAUCUCCACAGAUUGUCAAACCGCUUCUUAAUUAUUUCUCAAAAACCAGCAGACUGUAAGAGCUUUACUCUCUGGUUACCUUUUUGUUCCUCCUUUCUUUUUUACAGCUCCUACCACUUAGAUACUGUGUCCCAAGAUUUCCACUGAGAAAACAUCCCUAUUCUGUACUGUAAUAUAUACAUUUGUUGAUAUGUACAUGCGUCUGAAUUAUUUCAUGUAGUCUCCCCUUUUUAUUUCUGUGAAUAGUUACACUUUUAUUUGACUCUCUGAAGCAGCUUGAACAGUUGGUGUAGUUUAUAAAUGACUCAAAAAGGGUAUAAAUUGCUCUGUUUUAUUGUGGUGACGGCUGCACAGAUGAACUUUAUCUCCUUGGAAAUUAUAACUGAAAAAUCUGUUGGAAUAUGAAUGUGGAAUAAUGAAAUAUUUGCCUCCCUUUUCCUUCAAUCCUCCCUCUAUCACAUACUGUAUUUAUUACUCUGUCUAAAAGUGUGUCGCUCCCGUUGACCAGCAGGGGGUGCUGGUUUCACCUGAGUGGCUUUCAAUCUGCCCUUUAAAGUUACAUCAUCUUUUGACAAACUUGUAAAUAUUUUCAGACCACAUUGCAAAAUAUUUAUCAACUCUGGUCGGAUGAUUGGUCGGUUUAAAUUCAAAUCUUACAGUGACAUCAUCAGUACGUCCUACAUGGACCAAAGCUAAAUUCAUCAGAUGAACUUCAUAUGAUUCAAAUGACAUGACAAACAAGUAAAGUCACAAAUUUCUCUAUCAGAACAUCACUGCAGUUUCUCUCUUCCCCUCUUUUCUACUAACAAAAAUCGUCUUUGAUACUAACAACACUCUUUUACGAAACACUACUGGCCACUUCCCCAAAAUGAAACAGGAGAAAGUGAAUGCAACACUACACCUGCUCCACUUCUCUCCUGUCAAGCUAACUCUGCCCAGUCCCUGCAAUAUUAACUAGCUGACCGAGCUUGUUCCCCUGUGUACCUGAGCUAGUGUAUCUGCCAUCAUACCACCCCGCUGGCUCCAUUCACAGGUCCGGGGUAUCAAGGCAUCUCAUUACAUAGCGGACAGUGACCACUCCAUUCACUUUACCAAGGGGAAUGACUGAGACUAUUUUUGUGCAAACUCAGCUAACUAGCAGUUGCCUUAAAUGCACUCCCCCCCUUUUUUCCCGCUUGUAUCUUCCUUUGUAACAAUUAUUUUUUCAGGCGGUUGAUAUAAUCAUGUAAUGUAAUGUAU